AUUCAUUCGCGUAUACUUGGGGUCAAUUGAAUUUCUAAGGUUGUCAACUUGUUAAAUGGCAACAAAAAUGGCGAUGUGAAUGUGAACAGUUAAUAUUCAUCUUCUGUAGCGUACGUUAUAAUAAGCGGGUCUCCCCCUGAAUAUUGAUAUAGAAGUGAGUAAAAGGUCGCUGACGGUGUGUGCGUGAGUGUGUGGUGUGCCGUUGAUCUAGUGCGUCGUGUGCGUGACUUCUUCGUCCGUCGUGCAUGCGUGCGUGCGUGCGUGCGUGCCUGGUGCGUGCGUCCGUGCGUCCGUGCAUCUGUCUUCUUGCUGCUGUCUAUCUGUUUGUCUCUGUGUGUGUUUUUAGUGCAUAAAGUGUGUAAUUUCGAUCGAAAAAAUAUGUUAGAGACUUUUUGAAGUAUGAGCGAAGGAGCGGAUUCGAGUACGCGUAUUUGCGAGAAUUCGCUUACGACCUUGAACACUGAGGACAAACCUAAUGUGCCUCUAUCAACGGAAAGUAAGGGGACGACAACGAGGACGACGAAGGAGACGACGACGUCGACGACGUCGACCACGACAAUUGCUACAACAACAACAAUAACAACGGCGACGACGACGACGACGACAACAACAACAACAUCAUCAUCAUCAUACACUCCUAGAAGGCCACGAUUUGGUACUGGCAAUGUUCCGGUCUCCCCAUACAUAUGGAUUGAUGGUAGACAAAUAAGAAGCGCUUUGGCGUAUACGAAGAAAUGGCCUCCUCGACGAGUGAGUUUCCCAACAAAUGACAUGAAUUUGGUUACGGGGUAUUUGGAGCCACCUAAUCCUUGGAGACACGCUGAAAAUGUGAAUCGUGAGGACUUGAUCAAAGCAUAUAAGGAAUCCUGCCAACGGCACAACACUGAGCCAUUGGAAAAAGUUUUAGCUCAAUUAGAGAGUUGGGAUUUGUCAGAAGAACGUAAUAAUGAAUUUAACUUAAAUGGAAUUAAUUUGGAUGUAAAUAAUUCAGAAACGUUAGAAGAAAUUCUUAAAAGAAUUCAAUUUAAAAAAAUUGACUUGGGAGCUACAUCUUUAAACGAUGAGAGUUCUGUAAUAUUAUUUGAUAUGCUAGAAUAUUAUGAAUCCGCAAAACACUUGAACAUUUCAUCCAAUUCAGAUAUCGGAGCUCGUGGUUGGCAAGCAUGUUCGCACAUGAUCAAAAAGACCCAAUGUUUAGAACAGCUUGAAGCUAAGGAUGUAACGCUUAAUGAACAGUACAUGAAUAUUUUGAGCCGCGCAUUAAGAUUAGUCUACCAUCUACACGUCCUUAAAUUAGAAAAUUGUGGACUUUCAGGAAGACCUAUCGCCACACUAGUUACAGCUCUGAAAAUGAAUACAGGGAUAAGAGAACUUUACUUAGCUGACAAUGGACUUGAUUUUUACGAUGCUAUACAACUUGGAUCUUUAUUAAGGCUCAAUAAUCAUUUACAAUUACUUGAUAUUAGUAAUAAUAAUAUUCAAGAUGAUGGUGUGCAUGAUCUAUUAGAAGGACUUAUUAAUCAAGUUCAAGAGGAUAAAGAGGGCAAAGGAUUGAGUAUACUCAUAUUAUGGAAUAAUCGCCUUACUAAAAAAUCAUCUAAUUCUUUCUCUCGUAUUAUUUCAUUGUCAAGAACAUUGGAAACUUUAAAUAUUGGACAAAAUAUGUUAACCAGUGAAAUGUUAAUCACCGUAAAAGAUUCGCUUAAACAAAAUCGUAUACUUUUACAAUUGGGAAUGCAAUCCACAGAUCUGACAUGUAAUGGUAUAAUCGCUUUAUCUGAUGUCAUUGAAAAUAAUCAAGUUUUACAGAGGAUAGAUUUGCGAGAUAAUAGUAUACAGAUGACAGGAAUGAAAGCUCUUAGCACAGCAAUGCAGAAGAACAAGAGUGUCGUACAAUUGGAUUUAGAUGACAGGCCUCGAAUAAAAAUAGACGGAACAUUACAUCAGUAUAUGGAUGUUUUGGAGGAAGUUAGAAGUUAUUGUGCACGAAAUAAAGAAAAUCAACAGCUGAAUGAGAAUACUGGAGAUUCAGAAAGUCCAAGACAUCAUAGCAGAUUUUUUAGCGCGAGUUCCCGUAAGAUCUCGCUUACUUGUCAGACACUGCCAUGUUCUCCAUCACCCAUGACUUCAGUAACCACCGAGGAUACAGGGCGAUCGACGCUUGAACCAAAACGUACUAGUGGGGGUCGCCUCCGUUCCCCGGCUCCUAGUCCUAUCCCCUCACCUGUCGCAAGCCCAAUACCAAGUCCUUCUAGAAGUCGAUUUGUGGUGUCUCGAGUUUCAGAAGCAUCGUUACGUUCCACAGAUUCCUCAACAUCAUCAUCUCCUGUAACUCCAACAUCGCUAGGACCAAUGUCCACGUGUUUCUUUCCUUCCACAAGUGGAACAUCUAGGUUUCGUGUGUCAAUCGUUGAAUCAUCAUCAUCAUCAUCAUCAUCAUCAAGUUGUCCAUCUACACCUAAGUCUGUUUUCGCAUCAUCUAAAUCGAAUGUUACCAUUGGGUUCAACUUUAAAAUCGAUUCAGUAGAGUCUGCGGAUUCGGACGAUUCGGAUAAUGUAUUUAAAUCAGAGACAGAAACAAAAAAAGAGACCAUUGAUAAACAUGAUGCACAAGAAAUUGCAAUAAAUAGUGAAAUUAGCACGAUUCCAAUUAAUAAUAAUAAUAAACAUGAUAGUAUACAACCAUUGAAUAUAUCUGAUAAUAUAAAUGAACAGAGUACAAAUGAAUGUUUCACUGCUAGUAACAAUUCUAGCGAAGUUAAUACUCAAGAUAACUUAAAUCUUUAUACUGUCGAACAUAAGGAAGAUUCUAAAGACAAUCAAAGUGAUCCUCUAAAAGAAGAAACGAUAAUAGAUACUUCGGAAUUAAUAUGUAAGAAAACUGAUUAUUGUAAAAGUGAAAUUGUACAAGAUGCGCAAAUCGAUUUGAAAGAUAAUAUUGACGAAGCAAAUGUUAAUAACGAAAAACUUGAUCUUAUCGAUUUAAAUAACGAAGAGCCAAAUAUGCAGCAAUCGGUAGAAGAUAUUUUAUCUGCAAAAUCACAAGUUCCAUUAUUAGAUAAUAAAAGUGCUCCUCCGGUUCAGAAGCAACACACUUCUGGUUUGGAAAAGCUUCCUAGCUUGUUUCAAAGUAAAGCUAAUUUUUUUUCAGAAUCAUCGAAUAUCAGUCAAACGGAUUUUCGAAAUUUAUUGCAAGGUAGUGUAAAUAGCGUGUUAGCAUUUGGCGAUAAAUUUCAUCAGUAUUUUAAGGAUGGUAAAGCUAUAUGUAAAAGUAAUGCUUCUGGAACAUUUGCAGACAUUAUAUCUUUACCGACUAAAAGUAAACCGUUAAAGUCAUUAAAUGUAACACAAUUACCAAGUAUACAAACUUUAACAAAUAUGUUUGCUUCAUUUAAAACUGAGACUACUAAUACUACUAAUGCCUCAGAACAACAGUCAUCGAAAAAGUGCUCAAAUCAAAUAACGAAGCACCCAGAUCAAGGAUAUAAUAAUGAAGAAAAAGUUAAAGAGAAAAGUUUAAAUGAAAAACCAUUACAUAAUACUAGUGUAGAAUCAUCCAGUUGUUACGAUAGUAAAAAAAACUACUUAAGUAGCGAUAAAGAAGAUGAAGCUAGUGUAUCUAGUUUAAAUAUUCAAACGUUACCUGAUAAUGUCCAAUUAAAAGAUGAAGGGCAUGCUAGCAGAGAUUUAAUAGAAGAAGAAAAUAAUAGUGUUACCUUAAAUGUGGUAGUAAAAGCUUGCUCUAAAACUGUACAUAAUGCUUCAUCGAUAAAUGUUUCAGAGAGCAAGAUGACUGUAUGUAUACCUAAGUUAAAGGAUAUACCUGAAUACUCUGUUUUAGAAGUAAGUGAAAAUGUUCUUGAUAAAGAAACCAUAGAAUAUGAAUCGGUGGGGAAUAUAGAUUCUGUAAAGAUAGAAAAUGUAUGUGAUAGAAGUUUGACUGACAGUAUUAAUUUGACUAGUGAUGAAAUCUCUUCAUCUAAUAACGUGACAUGUGAUAUAAAAGUCAUAGAUAAUGUAAAUAUUGUAAGUAUGCUCGAUGAAUCAGUAAAUUUGCAGACUACUUAUGAAAAAGAUGUUGCAGAGUCUUUGCUUCUUAAUACUUGUUGUAAGAAUGACAAAGUAGCAUCAAAUGUGCAUGUGGAUGAUUAUAAUAAACAUGGUGUAAAUGAUAUUUCCAUGAUAAAUCAUGAUCUAUUAGAAAUUAAUGUAGAAAAAAAGAAAAAUUUUACUAACGAAGUUACCAAAACAUGUAGUGUUAAUGUUAACGAAGAAAAUGAAGAAUGGAUCGGUUUGAACGAUUCAUUGAGUCAGGAUAUAGGAGCAAAUACUUGCCAUGUGGAUAUAGAUCCACAUUCAAAGAGUACAAUUGUAAAUAGUAAAAUAAAUUCAUGUAUAUCUGAAUUAAGUCUUACUUCUAAAGAUAAUGUUGAUGAUUUUAAUAAUGUUAAUGCACAAAUACAUCCAACUGCUAAUAUCUGUACGAAUGAGGAGGAGGAGGAGGAGGAGGAGGAUGCUGUAGUUGAUUUAUGGAAAGAGGAUAAAUUGAAUGAUCUUAUUACAGAGGAGACACUGUUAUCCAAGCCAAAUAAUAUUGAUGCAUGUCCGACCGUAUCUGAAGAUGUUAAAGUUAACAAUUAUAUAGAAAAUAAUAUAAAUAAGCCUUCUGGUAAGGAAUCAGACUUAACUAUACUUCCAACUGUAAUAUUGUCACAGACUAAAGAUAAUGUUUCUGCCUCUGUUAAAAAAACUCUUCAAGAUUUUGAAAAAUCAGACUCUGAAGAUCUUAUAUUUUGUAUUACCGAUAUAUCUAAUUAUGGAAACUCUGUUAAAGACGAAGAAACACAUUCAUCUAGUAUAGUUUCUGAUGCAUGGCAACAGAAUAAUAACGCGCCAGAAAUAGAAACUUCAUUUUUCGAUCUACCUCAAACAUCUCAUUCGUCAACAAGUUUAAUUAUUGAAAAACCCGAAAAUAUUCAUAGGAAUAGUCAAGAUUCAGGAAUCGAGGAAUCCAAUUUGUUGUCAACUUCAGAAGAUAACAUUCCAGAGGUGGUAGUUCAGCCGCAACACAAAGAAAGUUUCCAGGAAAGCGUUGAUUCUGGAAUAGAAACUGAAUGCUCAUUGGUAUGCGUUAAAGUUAAUCCUAGCAUGGAUGAUACUACUACGAAAACUGAAAUCAUUAAGAACAAAUCAUCCAACAAUGUUGAUGACAAAGCUGAAUGCCCCCCUUGUAAGCGCAUCAAUGAUCUCACAGAUUUUCAAUCUGAUAUUAUUGAACAUAUACAACCGAAAAAUAAUGACACUGUAAGUGAAGUAGAUUAUUCGUAUCUUGAUAUGGUCAAAUGCGCAGUGGUCACGUCUACUACGUGCUCGAUAGGUGGAAUAGAAAUCACGAAUAACACGGCGGUUGGAACUAAUUCUGAAGAAGAUGAUAGGAUAAAUGCUGAACCGCCUGUAGUUUUUCAUGUUACAAGCCCGAAGUAAUACGGACCUCACGGAUGACGAAGAAGAAGAAGAAGAAGACGAUGAAGAGGACGAGGACGACGAGGCAAUUUACGAGGACGA